AUGUCUCAGAACGAUGACUGUGAUAUGCUUGAAUUGACAGCGUAUUACCGUGAGGUGGUGCGUCGAAUGAUGUAUUGCAACGGGGACCUUGAAGAUCCGCUUUCGUCAUGCGUUGAAAUGGUGUUGGACAUGGUGAAAUAUCAAAUGAUCAAAGCGCUUGAAGAUGCUUGGCAGCAUGCUUCUAGUCAACAGAGGGAGACGAUCACGCUAGAAGACGUGUUGUUCCUAUUCAGAAAGCACAAAUUUUUGCUGAAGAGAUUGCUACACUUUGCUGACACUGCCGAAAAAAUUAACGAGUUGAAGCGGACGGCUCCGCAAACGGCGAAAUUGGACGAGGAACCCGACCUAGAGAACAGCAUGGAUGACGACAACAUUUCCGCGGUGGUGAGCACGAGCGUGCCCGACUCAAACCUGGCUCGGAUGCUCAAGUACGUGAGUUCACUGGAUUUUGCAGAGAGCGCAGAACAAUUGUUAGUAGCACUUGAUAAGGAACUCGAGGGUAGGCAGCGUCGAAUUGCUGAUAUUGUUAUGAAUGAGCUCUCUACGGAGGAGUACUCUCGAUUUACUGCUGCGCGCUCUGCCACCUUCCUUGACAGUUGUAGUAGAAACUCGAAGAGAAAAAGCCCCUGCAAUCUACUGAAAUGGCUAGGUGCUCCAGCCUGCGAGCCUGCUGUUCCCUUCGUUCUUGCGUUCAUCGGUCGUGAAGUCGUUGCGUAUUACGUCAACGCGGCUUGUCUCAUCAUGAGAACUGAGCAGCGUGAUCUGUUUCUCAAUGAAGUUCAUGAUGGCCACAUAGCCUCGAAAGACGAUGCUUGUCCAUUGCAGAUGCGCCAUUAUGAGGAGGCUCGUCGGCGUUGCGUCGGUUGGAGACGUCACCGAGAUUUCUUGUUCGGAUAUUGUGAUGAAUAUGAAGAUUGA